AUGUUUUCACAGAAAAAACCUUACACGGCCGUGACAGUCACCAUUGAGCGACUGACGGGAGAAACUAUCCCAAUCGAUGACCUGAGUGGCUUGCCUGAGUUGGUCGAGGUUAUCAACCUACAACCACUAGGCCCCCAAGAGGCGUCCCGUGCAAUCCGAAAGAAGCUCAAGUAUGGCAAUCUGCACCGUCAGCUUCGUGCCUUGACCCUCCUUGAUGGGCUCAUCCAGAACGCCGGCCCACGCUUCCAGCGCGAAUUUGCCGACGAGGCCCUGCUGGAGCGCUUGCGCUUUUGUGGCACUGCUGCCCUCUCUGAUCCGGAAGUGAGGAAGAAGUGCGACGAGUUGUUCCGCAGCUGGGCCUUGCAGUAUAAGGGUGUGCGUGGCAUGGAACAGGUCGCGAAUCUCUACAGGGAGCUGCCCCGGCGGAAGCAGGUUGUGACCCAGGAGAAGUCAAAGGUACUCAAGGAGACUGAAAACCCCUUUGGCGAGGACGAUGAGGAUGAUAGCAACAAGGCCGGGCCCUCCUCCUCCACAAGGUCCCCUCACUCCAGGCACUCGUCACUCAGCAACCCGCCUAUAACGGGUGUAAUCCAGUCGUUUGCCGUUGACCCUAAGGAGGCCAAGAAGAAGGAGAAGGAGAGGAGGAAGCGGAGCAAGAGCAAGCCCUUCGACCUUGAGGCUGAGCAGGAUAAGAUGAAGGCAGCUAUUGCCGAGGCCUCGAUUGCUGCGACAAACUUGAUGAACACCCUGCAGACUAUUAAUCGUGAGAAGGAACGCAUCUCGGAGAACCCGGUAGCGGUUCAACGGUUUGAGCAAUGCAAAAAGUUGAGGCGUCAGAUUUUGCGAUAUAUCCAUCUUGUCAACUCUGAGCAGUGGCUUGGGAGUCUGCUGCACGCCAACGACGAGCUUGUCACUGCGCUUAUGACCUUCGAGCAGCUCGAUCGCUCCAUCGAUGCCGACAGUGACUCUGAUGAUGAACUUGCCGAGCAGGCCCAUCUCUAUCGAUUGGCCACGGAAAAGGCCCAGCGUGAGAGAGAGAAGGGCAAAGACCCCGCAUCUCCCUCCUCUCCGUCUUCACAUCGCCCGACAAGCCCCUCCAAUAUCACGUCUUCCAUGGCCGGUCUUUCCCUCAACUCACACUCGUCCCAAUCUCCAACACGUCCACCGCCCCCUCCCCGCCCCAGCGCCGCGACCAAGCCUUUUGCGCUGAUGGCUAGUCCGCCCAGGCUGCCAGCCCGGCCGGUACAGCGGGCACCGGUGUCAGAUGAUGAGGAUUAUGUGAGUGAGGAUGAUGAUGAGAAUAACCCGUUUGCGGAUCGGAAUGCUGUGUUGAUGGAUGGGAAGGAUUGA